UAUUAUUUUCAAUCAUUUUGAAUUAUAAUAAUCAGUCUUUUCGAUGUUACUACUUACUCAUAUUAUCUAGGUACUCUAUUCGUUAUUAAAGUUAUUAUGGUUUGGCUGAGUAGAGUAACCAUAGCGCCCAUAAGGUUCUCCAUACAUCGUGACAUUUAUUUCGUCUAAAAAAGUCUGGUUUAUUUUAUUUCUCAACCUAAUUUUUUGGAUAAUAGUUAGUUUUUCCAUUUCCGGUGAAAUACGCAUUAAAAAAUGGUUAUCAUCUGAUUUUUUUUCAACUGGUGUAUUUUUAGACAUACGAGUAUUAUAGUUUUCUAAAAGUUUUUUUGUUGCUUAAAUUUAUGCUGUGGAUGGCCAAACUUCCAAAUAGCUGGUCUUGCCAGUAUUUAGGUAAUAAAAAACUCUGUAUUCAUUUUUCGCCGCGCAAACGACUAAACUUAUUUAAUCUCUGCUCUAUUCGCCGCGACUGCCGCUCGACUCCGUGGCUCGCGCCGUACUGAUGCAUGUCUUUGUUUUGCUCGCCCGCCGCGACGCCAGUUGCCCGCGCGGUUCGCUCGGUACAUUUCGCCGGUCGCCGUUGCGCGUGACUUGAUUAGUACAUUGCUAUGAGUUUAUUUCAGUCGCUAGACGCUUCGCCGUUCGCACCGGCCGAAUAUUCGCAUCAGCGAAUGUCCCCUGGUCAGGCUGUUAGUACAGCACGUGCAUAGUGGCUCAAAAGUCUACAUUUUUUUAGUCGACUGCCUACCUGUAACACCACCACCAUGACUGACCAUCUUUUCAGUGGGACAGUUGUUUGGACUGACUUUGCUGGACUUUCUCUAAUUCUCCACUUCUUCAGCCAUACUCAAAUUUUAUCCAGGCUUUCUUGCAAUUUAUUGGAUGCUAUUGUUUGAUCUUUAUGACUGGAAGAAAACUGCAGUGUCUACUGCAUAGGUUGCAGUCACCACUUCUUCUGAGAUGGGUAGGUCAUCAGUUUAGAUUAUAUACAGGACGAGACCAAUCACUAAACCCUGGGGGACUCCUGCUUGUAUUUGUCAGACGGAGGAGUGAUUUUAUAGGGAAAAUAGUAAUAGUCUUGCAGGUAGGUAGUUUAAUAGGUAAUUUCAGAAUAUUGGAGGAAACCUGUCUGAGUAGCUGACCAAUUUAUGAAUUGGUUAUGACCAAGGAUGCCUGAAUGGCCUUGCAUCCAUGCUUAAACUAUGUUAAUAUUAAGGUCGUAGCACUCUUUCAAUGAUUCCCUUAUUUUGAGUAUAAUCGGAAACUGACUUUGACCUAAAUGGAUGACCUAAUUUGAUAGUAUUGAUUGAAGGAAACUUUAAGAAUCUGAAAUAAUAAUAGAAUUGUUCAGCAAGAAUUAUUACUGGUAUAUCUAGAGGGUCAUCUUCUGGGAUACCUAACACAUAGAUGGCGGCCCGUCUAUUUAAAGCAGGCUAGUCUGGCAGUUAGCCUGGAUAUAGCAAAGGCCUUCGAUAGUGUAUGGCACAAGGCGCUCCUCUUGAAACUUCCAUCAUUUGAGUUUCCCGAUAGUGUAUGCAAGUGGAUCGCCAGCUUCUUCACUGGGCGCAGCAUACAGGUCGUUUUCGCCGGAUAUUGCUUGAGCCCGAAGCUUUUGAACGCCUGAGUUAUCCCCUACAAUUUUUUUGCAUAUCAAUUAUAUGGAACGCCUAAAAGUCCUGGAAAAAACGUGUUUCUUCUAUCAAGUCCUCCCAUGAGAGUAUUGCGAAAUGGGUUAAAAACUUGUCUAAUUUCAAUUUAUUUAUUGAAAAAAUAAAAUGAAUAAAUAAAAGUAAGAAUCUUGCUUUAGAAGCUAUUUAACACUUUGCCUUAACUAGAUAGCACUUUGAUUCAGAGAGCUGACAUACAAACUAAAUAAUCACUAUAAAGAUUCAAGUCUUCAAUGAAAUGAGUAUUAAUUAAUUCAAAUAAAAGUGUUUAUUUUUUGUGAAUAAAUAAAUUGAAUUGGGACAAGUUUUUAACCCAUUUUGCAAUACUGUCAUGGGAGGACUUGACAGGUGUUUGGUAAUUAGCGGCGAUUGGCGUACUGGUGAGCUAAUUGACCAAGGGAAGGAGAAUGAGCAAGGAAAUGAACAAGUGAUACACUGCUUUUCAAUUGCAAUUUAUUAUCAAAAAAAUCAUAAAUUGGCGCGGAUUUUAAAUGAAACUGAAUAAUACCAGUGGGAGGCACCUUUGCACAGGAUGCCGGCUAGAUUAUAGGUACCACAACGUCGCAUCUUUCUGCCGUGAAGCAGUAACGUAUCAACAUUACUGUGUUUCGGUUUGAAGGGCGCCAUAGCUAGUGAAAUUACUGUGCAAUUGAGACUUAACAUCUUAUGUCUCAAGGUGAUGAGCGCAAAUGUAGUGCCGCUCAGAAUUGUUGGGUUCCUCAAGAAUCCCGACUGUGAUGUAUCAGUCAACCAGCUCUGUAAAAAACAGCUCAGAGUUAACUUAGUGAGGUUGGAGAAUUGCAAUGGUAAGAUUACGCUCUAACACUUAGUUUUUAGUAAAAAAAAACCUCGGCACAGAUAAAAUUAUUAUUCGAAUUUCAAACCAUUUAAAUCAGCCCAAACAGACAUGAAACCUUUGCUGUAUGUUAUUCAGGAAUAUGGGUAUCUUAAAGUUUCAUGUGGCAUAAGUUUAAGGUGACCAUAUUUUAAAAAUACAAUUGAAGAACAUAAAUCAGAAAAUACUAAUAAUCUUUCAGUGUACAAAAUAAUUUCUUGCAAAAACGAAGAAGCAAUAUCUCGAAUUCUAGUCUAAGAACACUCAAUUAAGUUGCAAUUAGACAAAAUACACUAAAUUAAAAUAAGCAAAGCUGUAUUUUUUUUUUUUCAAAAAAUAGUAUUUGUAAUAUAUUUUUAAAUAUAACGAUAAUAAUUUUUAUCUUACAGUUAAUAAAAACAUAAUGCAGCACUACAAUCAAUCUGAUGAUUUGAAGAAACACAAUAUACUACACACUGUUGAAAAGCCAUAUCCUUGUAAAGUGUGUGGUAAGAGCUUCUAUCGAUCUAAUCAUUUGAAGAUACACAAUAGAAUACAUACUGGUGAAAAGCCACAUUCUUGUAAAGAAUGUGGUAAGAGCUUCCAUCGAUCAGGUGACCUAAAGAAACACAACAGAAUACAUACUAGUGAAAAGCCAUAUCAUUGUAAAGUGUGUGGUAAGAGCUUCUAUCAAUCUAAUAAUUUGAAGAGACACAAUAGAAUACAUACUGGUGAAAAGCCAUAUUCUUGUAAUGAAUGUGGUAAGAGCUUCCGUCAUUCAUGUUACUUAAAGAAACACAAUAGAACACAUACUGGUGAAAAGCCAUAUUCUUGUAUUAAGUCAUAUUCUUGUAAUGAAUGUGGUAAGAGCUUCAGUCAAUCAGGUCAUUUGAAGAUUCACAAUAGAAUACACACUGGUGAAAAGCCAUAUUCUUGUAAAGUAUGUGGUAAGAGCUUCUAUCAAUCUAAUAAUUUGAAGAGACACAAUAGAAUACAUACUGGUGAAAAGCCAUAUUCUUGUAAUGAAUGUGGUAAGAGCUUCCGUCAUUCAUGUUACUUAAAGAAACACAAUAGAACACAUACUGGUGAAAAGCCAUAUUCUUGUAUUAAGUCAUAUUCUUGUAAUGAAUGUGGUAAGAGCUUCAGUCAAUCAGGUCAUUUGAAGAUUCACAAUAGAAUACACACUGGUGAAAAGCCAUAUUCUUGUAAAGUAUGUGGUAAGAGCUUCGACCGAUCAGGUACUUUGAAGAUUCACAAUAGAAUACACACUGGUGAAAAGCCAUAUUCUUGUAAAGUAUGUGGUAAGAGCUACAGUCAAUCAGGUAGCUUAACGAAACACAAUAGAUUACAUACUGGUGAAAAGCCAUAUUCUUGUAAAGUAUGUGGUAAGAACUUCCGUGGAUCAGCUGUCUUAGAGAAACACAAUAGAAUACAUACUGGUGAAAAGCCAUAUUCCUGUAAAGUAUGUGGAAAGAGCUUCAAUCAAUCAAGUGCGUUGAAGAUACACAAUAGAAUACACACUGGUGAAAAGCCAUAUUCUUGUAAAGUAUGUGGUAGGAGCUUCACUCAUUCAAAUAACUUAAAGAGACACGAUAGAAUACAUACUGGUGAAGAACCAUAUUCUUGUAAGUAAUGUGGUAAGAGCUUCAAUCUAUCAGAUCAUUUGAAGAUUCACACUAGAAUACAUACUGGUGAAAAGCCAUAUUCUUGUAAAGUAUGUGGUAGGAGCUUCACUCGAUCAGAAUACUUGAAGAAACAUGAUAGAAUACGUACUGUUGAAAAACCAUAUUCUUGUAAUGAAUGUGGUAAGGGCUUCAAUCUAUCAGAUCAUUUGAAGAUUCACAAUAGAAUACAUACUGGUGAAAAGCCAUGUUCUUUGUAAAGUACAUAUCUGGUAAGAGCUCAGAAUACAGAACAAACCAGAAGGAGUGUUCAAUCACAUUUGUAUGCAGCGAAUUGUGUCCAAAAUGCCUCCCCGCCCGCACCUCACCCGCCCAAGUAGUGUGGCCAGGCACCAUUUCAUUACCCCUUUUGGGGUAAAAUUAAAAUGUCAUGAAGGAACGACUAAGUUAUUUGGUAAAAAUUAUAUCAUUGCUUGAUAAGGCGCAGUUUAUUAAUAAUAAAUAAAAUGGAUGUUUAUAUUGUGAAAGAAAUAUUUUGAGAUAGAUAUAGGUUGCGGGAUGCAUAGUUUUUGCGAAAACUGUGGACUUUAAAUAUUGUAUUCAAAUAUAACGCUAAUUCAUGCAUAUUAUACCCUUUUUGAUUCACGUUGUAGAUGUUCAUCAACUAUUUAUCUAUCAACAAUAAAAUAAUUACCUAAAUUAGUUUUAUUUCUUUUGUGUAUUGAAACAAUUUAUAAAAAUAUUUGUAGUAGUUGGUGUAGUUGUAGCUAACAAAACUAAAAUUGAAAAUUCGUUGACAUUUUCUUACAUUCUCCAGAAGAAGUAGUCACUUCUUCUACUGGACAGCGACACUGUUGGAGGAGACAAGAGUGCUUGUGAUAGAAACUGGAAUGUCAAUUAAUUUUCUCAAAAGCAGUAGCGACUUCCUGCUGAGAUUGAAUUAUUGUAUUCUUUAUUGAUAGAUUGUAUUCAAUGUUGCCGUCUUUCACUCUUCCAGAUUUUUUAUUGGGCGAUGUACAAGCUUUUACAAUAUGAUCCCAGAAAAUGUACAAAAAACAAAUGCGUUACGAAAUUUAAAAGAACUGUUUAUAACGUGUGUGUGGGAAAGGUUAUUAUAACAUAAAGGACUUUAUUAGUGAUACCGCAGAUUGGAAUGAAUCUUCCCUUCCCUCAGGCUCUUUAUUUAUAAAUGUUUUUGUACGAUAUUACAUUGUAAUCCAUAUUUUAAUUUAAAAAAAAAAACCCGCUGAGUUUCUUGCGCCCGUUCUUCUCAGGUCUGAGGCAGUCUAUUUUGAAUGGGUGGUAGCUUUUGAAGAGUAAUUAAUAAGUGAUUUUGAAUAAAACUAUUUGAAUUCGAAGUA